UAUUCGAGUCGAGUCCUGCAUGCUGGUCGUUCGUGGUGGACGGCGCUCUACAUGGCGGUGGCUGCGGGAGCCGAACGUCUGACGAUGGAGAAUGGACAAGGCACUGGCUCAAGGCUUGGUCUGCCUCCUCUUACACCUGAACAGCAGGAAGCCCUGCAAAAGGCGAAGAAGUAUGCCAUGGAACAGAGCAUAAAGAGCGUGCUUGUAAAACAGACCAUCGCCCACCAGCAGCAACAGCUCACCAAUCUGCAGAUGGCAGCAGUGACAAUGGGCUUUGGAGAUCCUCUCUCACCUUUACAAUCGGUUGCAGCACAGCGGCAGCGUGCACUCGCAAUCAUGUGCCGGGUGUAUGUUGGCUCUAUUUACUAUGAGCUGGGCGAGGACACCAUCCGUCAGGCCUUUGCUCCCUUUGGCCCCAUCAAGAGCAUUGACAUGUCCUGGGAUUCUGUCACCAUGAAACAUAAGGGAUUUGCCUUUGUGGAAUAUGAAGUUCCAGAGGCAGCCCAGCUGGCCCUGGAACAGAUGAAUUCAGUCAUGCUCGGGGGCAGGAACAUCAAGGUGGGGCGGCCAAGUAACAUCGGCCAGGCGCAGCCCAUCAUCGAUCAGCUGGCGGAGGAGGCGCGCGCCUUUAACCGGAUCUACGUGUCAUCCGUCCACCCUGACCUCUCAGAUGAGGACAUCAAGAGCGUGUUUGAGGCCUUUGGCAAGAUCAAGUCCUGCACAUUGGCCAGGGAACCCACUACAGGAAAGCACAAGGGCUAUGGCUUCAUCGAGUACGAUAAGGCCCAGUCAGCCCAGGAUGCUGUGUCCUCCAUGAACCUUUUUGACUUAGGUGGCCAGUACCUACGGGUAGGGAAGGCUGUGACCCCACCCAUGCCCCUUCUGACCCCCACAACUCCUGGUGGUCUGCCCCCUGCUGCCGCUGUGGCUGCAGCUGCAGCUACGGCAAAAAUAACAGCACAGGAAGCCGUAGCAGGAGCCUCAGUGCUGGGAACACUUGCCUCACCUGCCUUGUCCCUUGCUCCACAGCUCAGCCUUCCUCAGGCUGUCAUGGCAGCCCAGGCACCAGGGGUAAUCACAGGGGUGACCCCGGUACGGCCUGCCAUUCCUGUGCUGCCCCAGGUUGGGUUGGUAAAUCCAGUCCUGGCCUCGCCUCCUGUAUUGAAUACGGCUGCGGCAACUGCACCUGCCGUAGAGGUGAAGAAGGAGGAAGACGAAGCAUCGUUGCAGGACGGCACUGGACAAGAGUCUCUGAGUGAACAGGAGAACCUGAGCAUAUCGGGCAGCAGCGCCAGACAUAUGGUAAUGCAGAGGCUGCUGCGGAAACAGGAGUCAACAGUUAUGGUCCUUCGGAACAUGGUGGGCCCGGAGGACAUAGACGAUGACCUGGAAGGUGAAGUGACAGAGGAGUGUGGAAAGUUUGGGGCUGUCAACAGAGUUAUCAUCUACCAAGAGAAGCAAGGGGAGGAGGAGGAUGCGGAAGUCAUAGUCAAGAUCUUUGUGGAGUUCUCCACGGCCUCAGAGAUGAACAAGGCCAUCCAGGCACUCAACAAUCGCUGGUUCGCAGGUCGCAAAGUCGUUGCAGAGGUGUAUGACCAGGAGCGCUUUGACAACAGUGAUCUUUCGGCGUAGACCGAAAUGCCCACAACUAUCCCCAUUGCUCAGUCGCACGAAACUGUUGCUACUGGUGAUUUGGGCCUCUUUUAAACCUGUAAUUAUUUUUUUAUUGAUGUUGAUAUUAAUAUUGUCCCUUUUGGGGAUUUGCAUAAAGAGUAGCACCUCAUGGAUUUUUUUUUUCUAUAUUGUCAUCUGCUGUGAAGGACUUUUUGUUUGUUUUCCAUUUCUUUAUCUUGCGUUUGACAGUCUUUGGUUACUCUCCAGCCCCCCCUUUAAUUACCAUGGGUGGCUCCUAUAUGGACUCAAGAACAUCUUGUUACGGAGUUGUUGGUUUCUCUUGCU